AUGCCGAACCUCACCAAGGAGCAGCUGGUGAACAAGAUCAAGGAGUGGGGCGAGACGCCACCAGCGGAGUGGAAACACAAGCAACUCCUUGCCCGCUAUGCCGAGCUCAAAGAGUUGGAACAGGAGAAGAACAAGAAUGGUGCAGACAACCUCCUUACCGAGAUGAGCAAAGCAUCAAGGAAGAAGAGCACACUGCAAGACUUCCUCCAGAACCGCCUGUCUAUGACGAUCACAGGCAACGAGACGAUCUCUCGCCUCCUUGCCCUGGGCAACCAGAGGAUCAUGGAGAACACCGUGCCUCAAGACCACGAUGUGAUGGGGUUCGGGCAGUACUCCAACAUGACCUAUCAGGAGGUGAAGGAUUAUCACCCCAAGUACAUCCAGUGGUGUCGCACCACGAUGUCCGAAGAGGAGGUCAGCUGGCAGAUGAGGCGCUUCAUGAAGUGGGUGGAUAUGAAGAACAAGAGUCAGAUCUCUGGCAACAACCCAAAGAUCAAGUUCCAACCCGAGCUUCGCAUGGACAUCUCCAAGAAGCCCUACGGCGAGUCAACAUCAUCGAUCGUCACCGAGGACUCAUUCACGGAGGUGACAUCAGUCUCCAUGGAGUCCGAACCGGACGUCAAUCACCAACUGACCGAGAUCGAGAGCCAGAUUCACGAGCUCCAACGGCAGCAAGCACUCCUUCGAAAACAGGGAGUGAAAGCGGCUCCUGAUUUGAAGCUGUCCCAUGCACCAAUUAGGUCCAAUGAGCAACCUCUGAGCAAUCGUCACAAGAAAGAAAUUCAGUACGGUUUUGCUGUUGGUUUUGAAAAGGAUUGGGCGAGUGUCGCCUAUGGCAACAGGUUGAGGCUUCUUGAGGUUUGCUGCAGCGAAGACAGCGUUCUCUCUAGGACCUGUGAACAAAUGUUUGGCUCAGGUAGUUCCCAGCGAAUUUCAAAGUGGAAUGGGGGAGACAUCGAAACCAAAGCCGGUGUUGAGUAUGUCAAAUCUGUUAUCAGCGAUCGGCGUCCUGAGUUGGUGUGGAUGAGUCCGAAAUGUGGACCUUUUUCCCCCAUGCAACAUCUCAACAUGAGAGAUGAUCGCCAACGUAUGGCCCUCACUGAGAAACGACAGAAAGCCAAGAAACAGUAUGAGUCUGUUUGUGAGAUUGGUCGUCAUGCUCAUUCUAUUGGUGUUCCGUUUGUCAUUGAGCUUUCUGAAAGAUGUGAGGGAUGGAAGCUUCCAAUGUUCACGUCUCUGCAACAAGACCUGCAGUGUUCCGCUGGAGUUUGCAAAGGAUGCCAAGAGGCCUUUUUGAAAGAACAGUACAACCAGAAACUUUUGAGGGCACAGCGUUCGGGCUCAAGAAAACUCUCAGUCUUCAAGCCAGGAGACUUGGUUUUUUACUGGAGAAAACAGAUUGGCGCACAUGGCGCUGAAACCAAAGGACAACCAUUCAAAACGGGAGCAUUUCUCGGACCUGCAAGAGUUCUGGCCACAGAAACAAGACUGGACGACACAGGACAAAGACGGCCAGGCUCCAGCGUGUGGCUAUUUCGUGGCUCAAAGCUUUUCAAAGCAGCACCACAACAACUACCGCGCUAUCGGAGAAAAGCACCAGAUCUGGAGAGAGAUGAGGAUCCAAAGUGCGCAAAACAAAUGGUUGCAACAGAAGUAGAUGAACAAGCUCUUGUUGGACUGGCUUCAACUACACCUUCAGAACACCUUCAAGACCCAUACGGUUGCAUUCAAGUGGCAGUUGAUUUACCUUAUGGUAAGAAGCGCGAAAAAGAUUUUUGGUUACGCGAUCUAGGAGCCUAUGUAGUAAAUCAGACGCGGAAAAACCACAUUGAGGUUUCAGAGCGUAGACUUUCACAACAAGAACUAGAGAUGUUUCAACAGGCAAAGUCCAAGGAGGUGAAAAACUACAUCAUGGCCGAGGUGUUCAAGAAGUUACCAGACAAUGUGAAACCUGACCCCUCACAAGUUAUCAAAAUGCGUUGGAUUCUUACAUGGAAAUGUGACAAAGAUACUGGCGAAAGAAAACCAAAAGCCCGAGCUGUCAUCUUAGGCUACAUGGACCCCCUAUAUGAACACAGACCGACAAGUAGCCCUACUAUGACAAAAAGCACAAAACAACUGUUCUUGACACUAUGCGCGGCGUACAAGUACGUGGUGGAGAAGGGAGACAUUAAACACGACCAACGCUGGCAACUCAUCAAGGAAAAGAUCAAGGACAGAUUCAAAUUUGGAAAAUGGGAACGUGGAAAAUUCACUCAGUGUGGAGUGACAAUAGAACAACGAAAUGAUUUUUCUUUUGCACUACAGCAACCUGAAUUUUUGGAACAGGUCUCAGAGAUCUACAUUAGCAAGAAUCGAUUCAAAGAAAUUGACUCUCCUAUUACAAAGGAUGAACUGAAACAAAUGAGAAGCGUUUUGGGCUGUCUUGCCUGGCAUGCAGGCCAGAUUGCAAUUGAACUGAGCGCUCCAGUGGGAUUACUUUUGUCAAAGUGCACAAAAGCAACAGUGUCAGAUCUGAUAGAGACCAACAAACUGCUGAAGAAGAGCAAAGGCCGACAACAUCAAACAAUGAUCAUACACGCCCUGGAUCCGGAGGAUUUAGUGAUGGCCACCUGGGUAGACGCUGGACAUGCAAACCGGCCAGAUCUGUCCAGUACCAAAGGAAUUUUCAUAGGCUGCACAUCAAAGAGGAUUUUACAAGGUAGCCUGGAAGCAGUGAACCCUAUUUUUUGGUCAGCUUCAAAGAUUUCCAGAGUGUGCAGAUCAAGUGCUUCAGCGGAAACACGUGCAGCUGUGGAUGGCGAAGAUCAAAUGUAUGCUUUGAGAUUUCAACUGAGUGAAUUUCGAGAAAAGAAGCGACAUCGAGACCCUAUGCCUGAAAGAGUCACUUUCUAUUUGCAAGGUCAGUUUACGGUGGGUUAA